CUCCCCUUUUUUCUGUCUUCCUCACCCACCCCCUUUCUCUCUUUCUCCCUCGUCCCUGCACCUCCAGUCUGCUUCUGUUGUCUCGGCGGAUUGUUGGGCUGGGAGAGAGAAAGGAUAUCGCGAGUAUUGGAGUUUUGGUGAGAGUUUGUGGAAGAUGGCGCCUGUUGUGACAGGGAAGUUCGGUGAGCGCCCUCAGCCACAGCGCCUCACAAGAGAAGCAAUGAGGAAUUACCUGAAGGAGCGGGGCGACCAGACUGUCCUGAUCCUGCAUGCAAAAGUUGCACAGAAAUCCUACGGCAAUGAGAAAAGGUUCUUCUGCCCCCCUCCCUGUGUGUACCUGAUGGGCAGCGGCUGGAAGAAAAAGAAGGAGCAGAUGGAGCGAGACGGCUGUUCUGAGCAGGAGUCGCAGCCCUGCGCUUUCAUCGGCAUCGGCAACAGCGACCAAGAGAUGCAACAGCUUAACUUAGAGGGAAAGAACUAUUGCACAGCCAAAACCUUGUACAUAUCCGACUCCGACAAGAGAAAGCACUUCAUGCUGUCAGUCAAGAUGUUCUACGGCAACAGCGCCGACAUCGGUGUCUUCCUCAGCAAGAGGAUCAAAGUUAUUUCCAAACCCUCCAAAAAGAAGCAGUCCCUCAAGAACGCUGACUUGUGUAUUGCAUCAGGGACCAAGGUGGCACUGUUCAACCGGUUGCGCUCCCAAACGGUCAGCACGCGCUACCUGCACGUGGAGGGGGGCAACUUCCACGCCAGCUCCCAGCAAUGGGGCGCCUUCUACAUCCACCUGUUGGAUGACGAGGAGUCAGAAGGAGAAGAGUUCACUGUGAGAGACGGUUACAUCCACUACGGCCAGACAGUCAAGCUGGUUUGCUCCGUCACCGGCAUGGCCCUGCCCAGACUGAUCAUCCGUAAGGUGGACAAGCAGACGGCGCUGCUGGACGCAGACGACCCCGUCUCCCAGCUCCACAAGUGUGCCUUCUACCUGAAGGACACAGAACGCAUGUACCUGUGCCUUUCCCAAGAAAGGAUCAUCCAGUUUCAAGCCACUCCAUGCCCAAAGGAACCAAACAAGGAGAUGAUCAACGACGGCGCCUCCUGGACAAUCAUCAGCACAGACAAGGCUGAAUACACUUUCUACGAGGGCAUGGGCCCUGUCCACACGCCUGUCACCCCCGUGCCUGUGGUGGAGAGCUUACAGCUAAAUGGUGGUGGGGACGUGGCCAUGCUGGAGCUGACAGGACAGAACUUCACUCCAAAUUUGCGGGUCUGGUUUGGAGAUGUCGAGGCUGAGACCAUGUACAGGUGUGCGGAGAGCAUGCUGUGCGUGGUGCCCGACAUCUCGGCCUUCCGCGAGGGCUGGCGCUGGGUGCGGCAGCCUGUCCAGGUGCCCGUCACGCUGGUGAGGAACGACGGCAUCAUCUACUCCACCACACUGACCUUCACCUACACGCCGGAGCCGGGGCCGCGGCCGCACUGCAACGCAGCCGGCGCCAUCCUGCGCGCCGGCAACACCAGCCUGCUAAGCAACAACAACAACAGCCAGGAGGCCGGCGCCGGCGUCUACGGCCCCAACAGCACCUCCAACGCAGGAGUCACGUCCUCCUCCUCCACCGCCGCAGCCGUGGUCUCCUAACGCACACAGUUACCACACAAUACAAUACGCCUUGAGAGCAAAUAUACCACGAGGUAUAUAAAGACUAUGGGGAAAAAAUACAAAAAACAAAAACUUUCGACUCUCUCUAAAGUGCUGCAUAUUAAUUUUUUGGAUUCAAAGAAGCUGAAAUGGAAAAAAAAAGAAAUUGGUGGGACAGAGGAGCAAAUGCAGGGGAAAUUUGAAGGAGGAGCGGCACCACAUGUUGUCAGCCGACGGGAAUAAGAGAAAAGUGCUCCUUGACACACACCUGCUCCUGUGGUUUCUGUAGGGACCUGCCUGUCCUGUUCUGGUGUUUGGAGUGAGAGGAGUUCCUGCCGGUUCAGAGCACCAGCACCUUUUUACGGCUGUGAGAACGGAAACCACAACAACAGUACAUCCACCGUGUACAAAAAUUGCGUUAGAAGAAAAAGUAUAUUUUUGCGCCACCUUGCUCCCCACUUUUCCACUUGGUUUAUUAUGUCUUUUUUCUUUUCUUUUUUGUUUUGUUUUGUUUUGUUUUUUUCAUUAGUUUGUGGUAUCUGAAAGGGGGCUGGAUGUAUUGUUGUUGGAGGGAGCACAAGGAUGCAGAGGGACACACAUAAAACGUGACGUUGAUAACAUAGUUUUUAUGGACCAAGGAUCUUGUAUAAGCUUUAGUAAAGGUACAUUUUCUCCAUACCUUUUUUGUAUUAAACAUAUAGUACACUUUUGUUACCAAAUAGUUUCUAUUCUUCCUCUGAGCUUGGGCUUUUUUCCCCCCUUUGAGGUCCAAAAUCCCAACCUGUAUAUUAUUGCGACCUUACUACAAAUGCCUGCUUUUUCAGUCUUUGGAUGGAACACUUCCUUUUUUUCCUCUUUUCUUUUAUUUUAAUACCCUCACAUCUUCUGUUGUGGAAUCUGAAGUCUGGAGAUCUCUUUUUUUUUAUUUUAUUUUAUUUACAUAAUCGAAGUUUGUUUUGUUUGUUUUGUUUUGUUUUGUUUUUUAAUUGGGGAAAUAACCUCAGAGGGCCUAUUUUUUAUCAUUGGUUUUUAUGAAGUCUUUAAAAAGAAAAGCUUUAAGCAACGCCUCUGCCUUGCCUGCAAUACUCUAUGUGCGCUAUGUCUCCUUUAAAGUAUACACGUCAGUACAUCUCACAUGGAGCCAUAGGAACGUUUGCAGAAUUCAUUGAAAACUAGACUUCCACGGUUACAAAAAAAAAAGUCAGUUUGUCAUUUUCACAACAAUGUAAUAAGUGUAGUCAUUGACUUAAAGGAUAGCCUUAGUACUGUAUAUUAUUACUGUGUACACAGUCAUAAGACUCACAUAUCUAAUAUCACAUAUCUGUUCUCUGGAUCAUGUUGCUCUAUUGGUCACUGUCAGUGUAUCAGACGAUGUAGUGAAACCUGUCAUUGUACUCUUCGCUCCACUGCGCCUCGCAAGGUGUCUUCCAGUGUGUGCUGUUGUUCCUGGUGGCAUUUAAACUCUCAUCGGUUUUCCAAAAGCGUCAAAAGACAGACACUUCCGAUUUGAUGUGGCCUUACCGAUCGACAACUCUGAUUUCACCUGUUUUGCAAAAUAACCUCCUGUUUACUCACCUUGGAAGAAGCUGUGCGCGGCCCCGAAACAGCCACCGCCUCGCCUCCCGUCGCAGGAGCUCGUGUCCAAUUGACCUCGCACCAGCCGCAAAGCCUGUCGUCGCGCUGCGGCUCCAAAAUCACAGCCUUCUGGAGGAGCUCUUGGCCUUCAUUCUGGUGAACAAGUACAAACCCGGCCCGCCCACACCCAUCCCAACUCCCUUUUUUUUUAUUAUUAUCUCACGGUGCUCAGCACCCUCCACUUUUGGUACAACGUCUCGCGAGCGCUGUAAGCUCCUCUCAGCCUUCUUAGCAUUUUUAAAAAUCUGUGGGAUUUUUUUUUUUACUUUGCAGAAACAAGUGUGUGUGCAUUGUAAACUCACUGUCAAGAGAGUAGUCGCACUCGUCCGUGUUCAUGGCGAUUGAGUCUCCUGUAGAAGUAUAAAGGCCUUCUAUACGUGUAUUAUUGAAGAUGUGUAUUUCCAAACAUACAGCAAUAUUGUACAGGUCAUUUUUUUUGUGUGUGUGUCAUCGUUUUGUCUGCCUGACCACUAGUUCACCAGCCAGCAAGUAUGUGUGAGCGUAUGUGUGUGUGUGUGUGUUUUUUUAAGGUGUGUGACUGUCAUGUCUUGCUAUAUAUAUGUAGGCGCUAUAAUGGAAUAUUGAGUCAGACUCGCUCCAUUUCUGUGUUUCAACAAGUCAUUGCUCUCAAACCAAUUUACUUGAGGUUUGUUUUGGUUCUGCUGUCUUCCACCGUGAUCCAAACGGAAAGAGGUGAUUCUGUCCCACUGUCUGAUUAUUGUGGAUAAACAUUCAUAGGCAAUACUUUUGAUCUUAGUAUUACAGUGCAACUGUAUACUCUUCCGGGAAAGAACUACAAUACUGUAACUUGAAUGUCUGCAUAAUGAAGUAUUUUUGACUUUUAUCACAAACCCUUGAAACAGGCAAGGAACAAUAAAGGAUUCGCUUGCACCCCUUCAAUGUAAAAAAAAAAAAAAAAAAAAAAAGAGAGAGAGAAGAAAAAUUUAAGUUAUGCCCCAUGUUUCGCCCCCUUCCCCCCACUGUCCGUCAUUGAUGUUAAAUGUUUUAUAUUGUAAGAUUGAUAUUUUUUAAAUUAUUGGUACAAAGUUUCCCCUUGUCUUAUUCAGUGUCAAAAAAAAAAAAAAUAAUAAUUAAGUGCAUUAUUGCCCAUGCUGCCUAGUUUUGGCCUGGGAGUGUAUUUUGAAAAGGCCACUUCCUGUCUGUUCUGGAACUGUCGUCAAAGAACAGGUGCUAUGUUGGUGUUGUAGCAUCGAGGGGGAAAAAAAAAAAAAAUGCGCUUCUUCUUCACACUGAUGUGAAAGUUGAUCUAAGCUGCGGGUCAACCUGAACCCUUUACUCUGCAGGAUGGAGGUCACCAAAUCUUACUGUAGAUUUUUAACUGUAGGUGUUUUUCUAUGUCCGAUAGGGUGAGCUCUAAAUUCAAUUUGAGUUUUAACACAGCCUCUGUAAAAGCAUCAGGCCCCUCUUUUGUUUUUUUUUUUGUUUUUUUUUUCGCCCAGCUUGGAUAUUUUUGGGUUGUUGUUUACAUGUUCCGUUUUCCUCAUCGUUCAUGCUUGUUCCAGUCUGAACACGGUGGUUUUGUCACAUUUGUUCAAACUACUAAAGGGGUUUCUGUGUUUUUUAUUAUUAUUAUUUCUUUAAAAGAAAAAAAAAAGAAAAAAGAAAACGUCCCUUUGACAAUCCGAGCUGGUUCACAGUUUACAGUUUAUUGUUUUCUCUUGCGUUCGAAGAGAAAAGGGAGGAUAAUACAGAAUAAUAACUUGAUAAUGCGCGUCAAUGCCUCUCCGCUCAUAAAAGGGGAAGAACUGUUAAAGGGGGUCAGCGAUGUUACAUGCCUUCUUAUACGCAUGCUGUAUUAACCUGGCAACAAAGCUUUUAGAGGAAAAAAAAA